UCUGUGUGCCCAUGGUGGGGUAGGUGAACGAGCAUCUCGUCUACCCACGAAGAUUUCGCCUCGCAGCUGAGUGUAGAAAUUUCCCGUCCGGUGGCCGGACGUUACGCACUGCGUGAACAGAGCUCUGCAGUUGAAUUGCGGCUCGGUCCACUGUCGCGUGCACUGUGUUGACCAUGGAUGGAUUGGGAAAGAAGUGAAAUAUGCAGGCGAGUUGCACCUUCGGAUGUUGACGGAUUCCGACCCUCGCUGCUUGAAGGUAGGUGCAGGCACCAUUACAGAGAGCUCGCCGUGUCUGAAGCCCCCAAUGCGUAUUUGAAUUUUUAUUGGUUUUAAACGAACAAAAUCUUCGAGGAGGAAUUUACAAGUCAGAUUAGGAAGGCACAACGAAGAGAAGUUCGAUAUUGAAAUUGAUAGAGCGAACGCAUUGACAACAACAAUAUUCAUUUAAUGAUAUGACAGGAAGUCCCAAACGUUAUGGAGGUCUACGGGGGUUGGGGAAGUGGUUCUCAAUAGCAUCGGGGCCCAUGUCGGAGCAUACUUCCCCUUCACGACCUCCAGACUUCGUCCCAAACCCUUCUCAAUAUGCCCCUAACCCCUACGUCAAUCCGCACUUGUCUCAAACUCCCUCACCAGAGGGUUCUUUCAAGUCCAGAACUUAUCCUGAUCAGUCGUAUCCACCUCCGCAAUCGCAUCAAACUUCUCUAGGAAGUCCGUUCUAUUCACCCCAGCCCAAUGCGUACAUGCCAAGUGCUCCACCACCUCCUUCAAACCUAAGUUGCUCCGCCCAUGAUCCUAACCACUCUUACCAGCAAGUUGCUGAUCCUACAGGUCCCUACUCUGCCGUGGUGUCUUCAUAUUCACCUCAAGCCGGGGCUUCACCAUAUCUUCCUCAAGGGAUCCAUUCAGGUCGCAUUACGGAUGAACCAGUUAACCCAGUUGUGUCAACCACUAGAUUUCAACCGACCGUUUCAACCGGCAGUGCAAUCCAGGUCUAUGGUGCACCGACAUCACGAGGCUAUUUGGUGCACGGAACUUUGGAAGUUUUCAUGCACCAAGCAGUGAACUUACCAAACAUGGACAUGUUUUCUGAAAAGAUUCGUCAGCUCACGCAAAACCUCCCUGGUCCUCUUGAAAAGCUCAAGAAAGUGGCUAAACUACACUCUGCGACUGUGAUUACCAGUGACCCUUAUGCAAUCGUGGUUCUCGCGGGAGCCAAGGUAGCUCGAACAAGGGUGAUAAGCAAUAAUGCUAACCCCGAGUGGAAGGAGCGCUUCAUCAUCCCUGUCGCACACUUUGUGCAUGAGAUUGUUUUUAAGGUUAAAGAUCAAGACGUCGUAAAUUCCCAGUUUAUCGGCCAUGUGAAAAUUCCAGUUGAAGUAGUCCUCAAUGGCGGUGUUGUAGACAACUGGUUCGAUUUGUUGGACAAACAAGGAAAGUCUUGUCAUGUGGGGGCAAAACUCCGUUUAUCUGUAAAAUAUUUUCCUGUAGAGCAGGACCCUCUUUACAUGAAGGGAGUGGGUAGUGAAGCACACGGAGUGCCUAACACUUAUUUUCCUUUGAGGAAAGGAUGCCGGCUCACUUUAUAUCAGGACGCGCAUAUUUACGAUAAUACUCUUCCCAGUAUUGCACUUGAGGGUGGGCUUCCCUAUGUCCAGAAUCGGUGCUGGGAGGAUAUGUGUACUGCUAUCAACGAUGCUCAGCACUUGAUAUACAUAGCUGGCUGGUCGGUGUUUGACAAGGUUACGCUAGUGCGGGAUGUGAACCGGCCGAUGAUCCAAGGGGGAGACUUGACAUUGGGCGAACUAUUGAAGAAGAAAGCUAGUGAGAAAGUACGGGUGCUCAUGUUAGUUUGGGAUGACAAAACCUCUCACGAUAUUCCAUUUUUUAAAACGGCUGGUGUAAUGAACACGCACGACGAAGAAACUAAGUCUUUCUUCAAAAAUACAGGGGUCAGGUGUAUUUUAGCUCCAAGGUAUGGUGCUGACAAGACGACUUGGUUCAGACAACAGGUAGUUGGAACCUUGUACUCACAUCACCAGAAAAUCACCAUUGUUGAUAGCGGACCACCCAAACAAAGGAGGUUGAUUUCUUUUAUUGGCGGCCUGGAUCUAACUGGAGGUCGAUGGGAUACUCCUACCCAUUCUCUGUUUGCAUCAUUACAAGAUGAGCAUAAGUAUGACUUUCGCAACAAGUCGUGGGAUUAUGCACCUGGUAGUGGAGGACCCAGAGAACCUUGGCAUGAUUGGCACUGCAAAAUUGAAGGCCAUGCCGCUUAUGACGUUCAUACCAAUUUCGUGCAGCGAUGGAGAAAAGCCACCCGAAGGUAUGACGAUGAUUUGAUUGAUAUCAACAACCGGGAGGGGCUUUUGGGUCCCUCAAACCAGUGUCCGUCUUCUGGAGACGGGGCUCUUUAUGUGACUAGUGACAACGAUCCGGAAACUUGGCAUGUUCAGGUUUUUAGGUCCAUAGACUCAGGAUCGGUGAAAGGUUUCCCCAACAUCGUUGAUGACGUUCAGAAAGAAAAUCUCGUGUGGGGAAAAAGCGUAGCUAUAGACAUAAGUAUCCAAAUGGCGUACAUCAAAGCUAUACGUUCUGCUCAGCAUUUUGUAUAUAUUGAGAAUCAAUAUUUUUUGGGAUCUUCGUACAAUUGGCCAGACUAUACCACAGCAGGUGCCAACCAUCUCAUUCCGAUGGAGCUAACGUUGAAGAUCUGCAGCAAGAUUAGAGAGGGUAAACGGUUUGCAGUGUACGUAGUCGUGCCUAUGUGGCCCGAGGGUAUCCCUGACAGUGCUCCUGUUCAGGAAAUUCUUUUCUUUCAGUCACAAACCAUAAAGAUGAUGUACGCAAUAAUUGCUGAGACCAUAAGAGAUACUGGUUUAGAUACACAAGUGAAGCCAACAGACUACUUGAACUUUUACUGUCUCGGGAACAGAGAGACCAAAAAGCCUGGAGAAGCUGCACCGCUCAACCCGCCCGAGCCUAAGUCUCGGCAUGCACAAUCACAAGACAGUAGACGAAUGAUGAUAUAUGUGCACGCGAAAGGAAUCAUCGUGGACGAUGAAUUGGUGAUAAUGGGCUCUGCUAACAUAAAUCAACGGUCGAUGGAUGGGUCGAGAGACACAGAGAUUGCCAUGGGUGGGUAUCAGCCGCGACACACAUGGGCUCACAAAAAUGGGCCUCCUCGUGGUCAGGUGUAUGGUUAUCGGAUGUCACUGUGGGCGGAGCAUCUGGCAUGUCUGGAACCUGUGUUUGAGACUCCUUCGAGCCUGGAAUGCGUGCAGAGGAUCAACUACAUUGCAGACAGAGGCUGGGAGCAGUAUGUUGCUGAGGAGGUAACUGACAUGAAGAGCCACCUGAUCCGCUACCCUCUGAAGAUAGAAGACAAUGGCACUGUGAUAAACUUGCCAUCACACAAUACAUUUCCUGAUGUGGGUGGGAAGAUUAUGGGCUCUAAUCAGCAGCAGAUUCCAGACGACUUGACAGCUUAGUGAAGACACAUUUUAUCUAUUAAGCUGCUCUCAUGUACACCUAGUGUUGAUUUGCAACUUUUGGGCUAUUUGUUAGCAUUGCAACAGCAGAGUUGGUAUCUUUACAGAACCUUUCUGCAUAGAAUAUUUUCCACACGAAGAACACACGGAACAUCUGGAUUCUAUGAUAAAUGUAUACUCCUGUAGUCAACACCGCGUAUAUCUGUGUGUAAAGAAACUAACAAAAGUGAAGUCUCCCAGUUAAAGCGCGGAAUAGCAUUUUCUCAUCAAUUGAAUGUGCAUGGAGGCUUGGUUCCGGCCCAUUUACUAGGGUCUCAUAGUGUCCACUUUUCACUCCAAACUGACUUGGGAAAGGACACCGCUGCAAUUUUUUGAUGGACUGGAUGGGAAUAAAAGCUUCUCGUAGUGGAAAGAUGAUACUGAUCAUUAGUAAAGCUGGCCGCCGAGCAGCCAGAACAGUUACCCUA